UUUGCAAGCCCUAGAAGCCAGAGCCAGUAGUGCUACUCAUCUUUCUUUCACUUUUCUGUCAAACACAGCAAGUUGCUAAGAACAAGAAAGAUGGAUGUGUUUGACUAUCAACAACUUGUAAAGGCAACUGGGAGUUUCUCUCCUUCGAGACUUUUGGGCAAAGGAAGCCAUGGAUCAAUCUACAAAGGCAUACUUGAAGAAAAUAAGCUUGUUGCAAUCAAGAAAUCAUCAUCUCUUGGUACUGAUCAUGUCUCUGCUGACAACUCCAAGAAACUUGAGAACGAAAUAUCCGUGCUAUCUUCCCUACAUGAAAGUCCAUAUGUCAUCAACUUUCUUGGAACGAGUCUUUAUCAUCACAACUCAAAGAACAGGGUUUUGGUUAUGGAGUUUAUGCCUAAUGGUUCUCUCCAUGACCUGCUCCAUGUUGAUGCCACUCCACCACCAUGGCCUAAACGUGUAGAAAUCGCUAUUCAAAUUGCAAGGGCAGUCCAAUUCCUUCAUGAAGGCAAGCCUUUGGUUAUUCAUAGAGAUAUCAAAUCUGCUAAUAUUUUGUUUGACAUAAAUUGGAAGGCUAAGUUGGCAGAUUUUGGACUCUCAGUGUUGCAAGAAGACUCAUCAAGUCAUGAUCAUGCAACUCAACCGGCUGGCACUCUUGGGUACUUGGACCCUUCUUACACCACUCCAAGCAAACUAAGCACUAAGAUUGAUGUCUUCAGCUAUGGAGUUGUUUUGUUAGAGAUCAUUAGUUGUCAGAAAGUGAUUGAUGUCUCGAGGUCGCCAUCUUCAAUUGUUGAGUGGGCAGUGCCAUUGAUUGAAGAGCAAAGAUUGAUGGAGAUAUGCGACACAAGAAUUGCACUGCCAACAUUCAUGGAGGGCACGAUUAAGCACUUGUUAUAUGUGGCAGCACGUUGUGUGUCUUGCAAGGAAGAAAAUCGUCCAUCCAUUACUGAAAUUGUUAAGGGGAUGGAUAAGAAUUGUUUGGUUGAAAGAGUACAAAUGCCCAGUUGGACAAGUUUCAUGAGGAGCGUGAUACUAACGAGAAGGCCAAGAGAAUUGGCUGAGCAAUGGCAGCAGGCAAAAUGUGAAGAUGCAAAUUGUGACAUUUCUAAAGGGAUGAAGGCAUAUUUAUGGGAGAUAUUGGCUUAUAUUACUACACUCGAAUAA